AUGCUGGCCCAGGCGUCGUCACGGUGCGGUGUCGGCGGCGGAGGCGGCGGAGGCAUGUCGCGACUGUCGCGACAGGCCUCCGCCCUCAGGAUUGCUCAGGCGACUUCUGUCGCAGCGGACCGCGCCGGAGCAAGGGCCGAAAUACCAGGACUGCGCCGUCCGCUGUCCUCAUGCUGCCCUCGACCGGACCGUGGACCAGUGUCAAGACCACCAACAAGCCUCCACGCGGCUGUGCCGGUCGCACGUAGCCAUUCAGCGACAUCAUCUGCCAGGCUACAAACUCGAUCUCAGACCAGCACAGCAACGCAGCCGGCGUCGGAAAAGGCGCCGGCUCGCGAAGAGAACGGAUCGCAGCGAGGAUGGACGCUUCCGCCACUGCGUCGACGGAGGCCACGCUCCAUCUUCUGGCGCAUCGCCUGCUGGAUCCCCGUGGCCGCCUUUGUCACCGCCCACUUCUGCAGCAUCGGCAACAUUACUGGAGGCAGCAUGAGCCCCACUUUCAACGGCCCCUUUGCCGAAGCAUCGGCGGCCAACAGCCGUUCCGACGUCGUCCUGCUCAACCGGCUGGCGGCCGCCAAGGGCAAGUUCAAGGUGGGCGACAUUGUCGUCCUCAUCUCGCCGCUCGAUCCCAACCAGCUCCUCACAAAGAGGAUCAUCGCGCUCCAGGGAGACGUGGUCCGGGUGUGGGCCCCAGACGCCACAGGCCGCGGCGGCAAGUGGACGCGACUCAAGGUGCCCCCAGGCCACGUAUGGAUCGAGGGCGAUGCAGCGGUCGACAUCGUCCCCGGAAGCCUCGGCAGGACGGCUGGAUACGGCGUGGCGAGGAAUGGCCCCAUGGCCAAGGGCAAGAGUCGAGACAGUCGCGAGUUUGGACCAGUCCCCGUCGGCCUCAUCACUGCGCGGAUCGAUGCGAUCCUGUGGCCUCCGAAGCGGUUCGGGCGACCUGCGCCCCGGCCGGUUCCCUCUGACCAGGCCAUGGUCAGCAAGCACCAGUACCCGCCAUCGCUGUCGGAGACUUCCGCGCUGGCGGCUCAGCAGUUUGAUGAGGACGAGCGGCUGCGCAGCAUCGCGACGCAGGUGCACCCGUCGCUGGCGCGGAUCCUGGAUGAGAUGGAGUCGAGGGUCGACAGCGCACGCGUCAAGGCGCACCCGCAGGACUCGCGGCUGAGCCCCUACGUCGACUGGACCGACGGCAGCCGCAUCGAUGCCGAUGGCGAUGAGACGAGGAAGCAGGGCGGAGGGCGGAGAGCAGUGCCGACAGCCGAUGGCGCUGCGUCGUCGGGGCGAGACGGCAAGCAAGGCGCAGGCAUGCGGCGGUACUGGAACGCCAUGAGCCGCGGCGGAUCGCUAGGGGACGAUGCCGAAGACUAG